AUGGGGUCAUGUACAGAAGCUCGCACUGAGGGGGUUGCUGCAGCUUCAUCAGGGACCGGCAUGGAGGCAGAGACCUCGGUGAAAUACACUCUCAUUUCAGCUUUGGCCGCCCUAGCACUGGUUCUUGGAUUGGCUGUGGUGGUUGGAACAAUAAUCUGUCUACGGAAGAGAAGAAAGGACAAUGCAGGAAUGGAGCUGGAGCUGGGCCCGGCUGAUGCUGACCCCAUGGAGUUGGAUGAACUCGACACGUUCUGUUUAUCUGUCAAGUAUCAAGUCAAAGUUCUGCUUCUGAAAGUGUGCGAUUUGUUUUCUCAGUCACUCCCAUCUGAUGAGGUCAUCACUGUGCGUCAAGCUGGUGGCGCGCUGGGUGCCGUCUUGCAGCUGUGCAGCAUCAGGCUGGAAACCCCCUCAUCCCGGGCCCCGGGCCCCUGA